AACAUUGACAAAUCAUGAAUAUCUGUACUGUCUGUUUCAUUAAUUUAACUAGUGAUAACUCUGUUGAUCUUAGGAAUAAUCUAGUUUUAGAUAAAACAGGAGAUGACUUGAUUAAAUUGCACCUUUCAUUCAUAAAUAAAUCACAGGAAGAGUCGAUUUGCAUGAUGUGCUGGGAAAGUCUUAAGACAUUCCAUGAGUUUUAUGCGAGAAUCUUUGAAAAUCAUGAAUCCACUAAGAAUAUUAUUCACAUUAAAAUUAAAGAAGAACAAGAUAUAGACAGCUUACAGUCUGAAGACAUAGAGGAACCGUUUUACGAGCCAAUAAAAGAUGAACCACCUGAAAAAACUGUAAAAGAGAGAAAGAAAUCAAUUAAGCUUGCCAAAGAAAAGAUCAAGAAAGACAAGAUUGACAUCCCAAAAGAUACUUCCAGUUAUGACGACGAGAGAAUCAAGGAAACUGCCAUUAUGUCUUGUGAUUUAUGCUCGAUAAAACUAGAAAGCUUUACGAAUGCAAAAUCUCAUUUCAAAAAGUCACAUAAAGGAAUCAAAGGAUAUUUAAUAUGCUGUGGCAAAAAGUAUAUUAAAAAAUAUAGACUACUGACUCAUCUCAAUUCACAUUAUAAUGUAAGCUUCCCAUGUAAAGCAUGUGGGAAGACAUUUAGUUCUAAGCAAUGUUUAGGUAGACACAUGAUAUCACACGAGACUUUAAAGCUGUUUGAAUGUGAUAAAUGUCCGAAAAGCUUUGCUAAAAAGUUUCAAGUAAGAAAUCACCUGCAAAAUGUUCACGUCUAUGAGAAGGUAGUUCCAUCAUUUAAAUGCCAUUUUGAGGACUGCUCAAAAAUUUUUGUUAACAACUUGCGUCUUCAACAUCAUCUCAAGUACACACAUGAAGGAGGCGAUCAAGUAAUUUGUGAGAUUUGUUCAAAGACUUUUAAGAAAAGAUCGUCAUUAGAUGAGCAUAUGAGAAUUCAUACUAGAAAGCCAUGCGAUAGAUAUCAAUGUGAGAUUUGUGGACAUUACAUUGCAGAUAUUAGAGUAUUUCAACGUCAUGUUAAGAAUCAUGCGACCGAGUCACUAAACAACACAUGUCAUUACUGUGGAAAGAAAUCACCAAAUUUAAAAGCACUUAAAGGACAUAUCCGUUAUGUCCACGAAUUAGAAAGAAACUUCCAGUGCAGGUUCUGUGAAAAACGGUUUAAAACGUCGAGAAACUUGAAAGACCAUGAAGCUUCUGUGCAUACACUAGAGGAACUAUACGAGUGUUCAUUUUGUCCACGAACAUUCCGAAAUCAUUCAAACAUGCUCUCACAUCGAAAGAAUCAACAUCCAGAGCACUAUCAAGGACCUGUUUAUACUAGAGACGUUAUCUGAUUUUGAGAUCAAUAAAUUAAAGAUUAAAGAGAGAUU